AUGACGGCAUCCCCACGUAGAAACUUACUAGUUAACGUUCUUGUACUGGUUAAUUCCUGGCUCGGCCUGGUAAUGGCAGCAGCUUCCUCGAGUACUGGCGGUGUGCCUCCAGGGUUUCGAUUCCAUCCGACGGACGAAGAGCUGCUUCACUACUACUUGAAGAAGAAGGUGUCGUUUCAGAAGUUUGAAAUGGAUGUUAUUAGAGAGGUGGACUUGAAUAAGAUGGAGCCCUGGGACUUGCAAGAGAGAUGUAAGAUUGGAUCAUCAACUCCACAAAACGAGUGGUACUUCUUCAGUCACAAGGAUAGGAAGUACCCAACAGGAUCAAGGACAAAUAGAGCAACAAAUGCUGGGUUCUGGAAGGCAACAGGGAGAGACAAGUGCAUCAGGAACAGCUAUAAGAAGAUUGGUAUGAGAAAAACGCUUGUUUUCUACAGAGGGAGAGCUCCCCACGGCCAGAAGACUGACUGGAUCAUGCACGAGUACCGGCUUGAAGACGGUGAUGAUCCUCAAGGAAAUUCCAAUGAAGAUGGCUGGGUGGUGUGCAGGGUGUUCAAGAAGAAGAAUCUAUUCAAGUUUGGGAGUGCUGGAUCAGGUGGGUCGAGUAUGAACUCGGGUCAACAGCAUAACUGCAUGAACAGUACUUUAACCAACCACCGACCUCGUUCCUUUAUGCACAGAUCAGAAAACCAGUACCUAGCACAUCAACACCACAACAACGGCAACCAACCAAGAUUUGAGCCUGAACUAGCACUCCAUCAAUAUAAUUCCCACAUCCCAGCAUCUCAAUACUACCUUUUCCAAUCCCAACCCGGCCUUUUUCCGACAGUUCACAAGCCCCAGCUCGGCUUUGACCACUCGACCCAGUUCCCUAAUAUUAAUUCGGAGUCACCUAUAAUGGUCAAGCAGCUCAUGUCAAACCCUAGAGAUUGUGAGAGUGGAAGCGAGAGCCUCCCGUACCAGGCUGCUAAUUCAUGUGAGCUGGGCAGCUUAGAGGUGGGCACAUGUUCUGAGCCGGCGGUGGCUCAACAGAUGGUAACAGGGAGAUCAGAGGUUCAUGAGGGCAUGAACGAAUGGGCAAUGCUCGACCGCCACCUUGUCACUUCUGAUCAUGAUCAUCUCGGAAACGAAGACUCCUCCAAAGGGGGGAGAUUCGAGGAUAUAAACGCAUCAUCGUCCGUACACCAAAUCGGUCCGCUUUCGUUAGGCGGAGAGAUGGACUUUUGGGGCUAUGGCAAAUAGCCGUACGUGCAAAACGUACCGAUCAAACAGCAUCGAAGCAGACCAUUUUAAUCAAUAUGCAUGCAUGGCUCUAAAUACAAUAUAUGUCAGUUUAAAAAGAAAAAAAUCUAAGCUGAUAGUGAUUAUUGGUUUGACUUCGUU